CAAAGAAGAAGAACCGGUAGUAAAUAGUUCAUAUGCACCAAGUGACUUUAUGAUUUUUACGUAAACACGUUUAAUUUUCUUUUCUGAUUAAACAGUCAGACUGUUUUUCUGCUCUCUGUUCUUUUUUGGGAGGAAAGUCACUGAACCACCAAAGAGCCUUCAAUUUUCUGUGUUUGCUGCAGUUUAAUUGGUCGAUAAAGAUCCCUGAUCUCCGUUCAAAGGGCGAUGUUGUCAGUCAUUGUCAGGUCAGCUCUCCCCACAUGUGGGAGGUUGUGGCUGCGUAGUCAGGCUGCGGUCAGGAUCAUGUCGUCUUCAGGUGGAUCUACCUCUCCGUACACAAGCUUGGCCAUCAGUCGCCCCGCAGAGUCCAUCACCCAUGUGGAGCUUAACCGGCCUGAGAAACGCAACGCCAUGAACAAAGCUUUCUGGAGCGAGAUGGUGGACUGCUUCACUGAGAUCGCUGAGGACCCCGAGUGUAGAGUGGUGGUAGUUUCUGGAGCCGGGAAGAUCUUCACAGCUGGUAUCGACCUGAUGGACAUGGCAAGUGACGUACUCCAGCCACCGGGCGACGACACAGCCAGGGUCUCCUGGAACAUGCGAAAAAUUAUUACCAAGUACCAAAACACAUUCUCCGUCAUAGAGAAGUGUCCGAAGCCUGUUGUGGUGGCUGUUCACGGCGCCUGCGUUGGAGGAGGUGUUGACCUGAUUACAGCCUGUGAUAUCCGUCUCUGCACCCAGGACGCCUGGUUCCAGGUCAAGGAAGUCGAUAUUGGACUCGCUGCAGACGUUGGGACUCUGCAGAGACUUCCUAAAGUCAUGGGCAACCGCAGUCUAGUGAACGAGCUGGCUCUAACCGCCAGGAAGAUGUACGCCGACGAAGCCAAGAGCAGUGGACUGGUCAGCCGAGUGUUUGCAGAUAAGGAGGCCAUGAUGGCCGGAGCUCUGGAGAUGGCCGGGGAGAUCGCGGGUCGCAGCCCCGUGGCGGUGCAGGGCACCAAAAUAAACCUCAUCUAUUCCAGAGAUCACAGCGUAGCUGAAGGACUGGACUACAUGGCCAAUUGGAACAUGAGCAUGCUUCAGACUCAAGAUGUGAUGAAAUCAGCGCAGGCCUCCAUGGAGAAGAAGAGUCCCAAAACAGUGGCUUUCUCCAAACUCUAAAACUUCACCACAGUGAAGUUCGGACCAGAGAACUGCUGAUGUUUUGCUCGUCCACUGUGGCCUUUCCGAGGGAAGAUGAACUGUGUAUUUUCUGUCUUUACCUGGUUUCUAACACCAAAACUAAGAUCUGUGCGACACUCUGUGGUUGCUGAAAAUAACUUUAGAGCAGAUCGUCUCUUGGGCGGAAAAGCCUAUGAAAUGGUAAUUCGAGGUUUGUCAUGUUUAUUACCUCCAGGUUGCUGCUUUUCUUACAAACCAUAUUAUCAGAUGAGUUUAACCCAGUUUGAGCUGAGAAGCUGAGCUGAAUCUCACCUCAUCUGACUGAUUCUUGUUUAGUUUUUUUUAAAUGUGGAACAGUUUUUUGGUUCAUUUCAAAGAUCAUUGCCAUAAAAUUAUUAAACUACCACUUUUUUAACAUUCAGUGA